UCAGCAACGGAGGCCUCCGGCGCUAGCUCACCGCCUCUCCCACCUCCUCUCCCACCGCUCAACCCCUCCGAGAAACUCGUACGCGAAUACCUCCUCUCUAACCCGCAGUUCAGCUCCUCCGCCCUUGGCAAGGUACAAGUUAUGACAGGCAGGUAUACGAAUCGCGAGUGGGCCGAGCAGAUUGCGGAGACGCAGAAAAAGGUAUUCGAGUUGGUCGAGCUGGAGAGGAAGCAGGGGAAGAGGUAUGAGGUCCCGAAGAUUGGGAGUGAGGAGUUUGCGAGGACGAUCGAUCAUACGUUGUUGAAGUUGGAGGCCACAGAGAGCCAGAUUGAUGCGUUGUGCUCCGAGGCAAGGACGGAGGGGUUUAAGAGCGUCUGCGUCCGCCUCAACUACGUCCCACGCUGCAUCAGCAACCUCAAGGGAUCUACUGUCAUUGUAGCCUGCGUUGUCGGCUUCCACGAAGGCACCCAAGACACCCUCUUGAAGCUGGAAGAAGCCCGCGCCGCCGUCGCUGCUGGCGCCAGCGAACUCGACAUUGUCCUGAACCACACCAUCCUCACGCGCACCAACAACCCAGAAGGUGUCCCUUCCCAAGCAGCUACCCAAGGCCAUAAACGCGACUCCACCGCCGACACCAUAACCUGGAAGAACACAGAAGCAAACAGCAAACCCCAGGACGGCACCAUCCCCGCAGCGGGCCCCUACUCCGUGCCCACGAGCUCCGCACCCACUUCCUCUUCCACCCCUCCUGACGAAGCAGAUAUUUCCAUACCGGAUUACAGCGCCAUCUACACCGAACUAGCCUCCCUCCGCUCCCUCUGCCCACCCCCAACGACCCUCAAACUCAUCCUCGAAACCUCGCAGCUCACCCCCGCCCAAAUCCUGGCAGCCGCCCACCUCGCCGCAGCCGCAAACUUCGACUUCAUCAAGACGUCUACGGGCUUCAACGGCCCCGGCGCCAAGCUCGAGGAUGUGCAACUCAUGGUCGCGGCGGCGGAGUACUUGUCUACCAAGACGGAGAGUAACGGGGGUAGUCCCGUGAGGAGUCACAAGAUGCAGGUGAAGGCGAGUGGGGGGAUUAGGAGUCUGGAUGAUGCGGUGAGGAUGCUGGAGGCUGGAGCGACCAGGUUGGGGACGAGUAGUGGUCUGUGGAUUAUGCAGGAGAGUAGGCAGAGGCUGAAGGAAGGGGAAGGCGGGAAGAAGAAACCUGCUCUUGUGUCGAGGUUGUAUACGGAUGAUUCCGUC